GCGGAGCAGGCUUGCUUGCCGUUUCUUCGCAGGCUCCGGUUUGCGCUGUUCUCGGCAUGAGCCUUCUGGGGUUUUCACUUUCUCCUUUCUUUCGGACUUUGCGCGUGCCGGGCUUUUAAACGCCAGCGCCCCGUGUUCCUUUUGCCGGGCGCUUGAGGGGAGAGCCUCGCCGCUUCCUGCGCUGGGACCAUGUCGGGGAUUCGGAGCUGCGGGGAGAAGAAAGAGAUGCAGGUGGAAGGCGGCGGCGCGUACCUGGAAGAAGGGCAGUGCGACUCGGGCAUCGGUUUUAUCCGCUCCCUGCAUGGCCAGCCUGGGGAAGGAGAGCCCCGGUCCCCGGCUGCCGGAGGGAUCCCGCUGGAUAAAGUUCCCGAUCCUUCCAGUCAAGGCAAAGAGGAAUCAGCAGACGAGAGACUCGAUUCGAGUUACGGCUCUUCCUCUAUUGUGGAGUCCUUGGAGGGGCUGGAAGGGGCGCCUAGCCCGGAGGAGGAGGAAAGGCUCAGGCAGCAGCUGCUGGAGACCUUUGCUUUCCUAUCCGAGGACGGAGACACGUUACUUCACCUGGCAAUCAUCCACUGCAUGCCAUCUAUCGCAUUCUGCUGCAUUGCCCAAAUGCCCGUCGAGAUUUUGGAAUUCCAGAAUGAUUUGUUCCAAACUCCACUUCACUUGUCUGUGUAUCUGGAGCAGUAUGAAGUGGUGGAAGCACUAAUUCUGAAAGGGGUGAACACAGCAUUGCAGGACCGCAAUGGAAAUACUGCUCUGCACUUGGCCUGUGAGCAGCAGAGUCUGGAAUGUGUUGAGCUGUUGCUGCCUCUGAAGAAGUUGGUCUCUGACAUGGAGACUAGAAAAACUCUACAAGAUCUGCAACUCCAGAACUGGCAAGGCUUGACUUGUCUUCACAUCAGCACCUUGAAAGGGAACCUUCAGUUGAUGGCAUUGCUGGUGCAGAAUGGGGCUGACAUUAAUGUGCAGGAUGGCACAAGUGGAAAGACUCCCCUCCAUUUGGCCGUGGAGAACCAUGAUGAGCUGGCUGUGAGGCACCUCCUGCGAUUGGGAGCCCAGGUGGAUUCACAGAUGUACAAUGGAUGUACCCCACUGCACCUGGCUGUAGGCAGGAAUGACGCUGCCAUUGCUGCAGUCCUCUGCCAUUCAGGAGCAGACACCUUACUGCGGAAUAUGGAAAAUGAGACAGCUCAAGAUCUGGCAGAUGGCAAUGAUGAUAUCCUUACACUUUUGCCUUUUGAUGACCUGAAGAUCUCUGGAAAGCCUGUGAUGUGCUCCAGUCGGACAUCCUAACAUCUAAAUGGGAAAGUUAAUCUUGUGAGAGGGAGUAAAACAUUGCUGCUUGAGGCUGACCACCAGUGAAUCAUUCCUCUUGUCAUAAGAUGAGCCUUGGGGCAACUUCAGCCAUUUUUGAGACUAUGGAGCCAGUGUGAGAAGAGGAAAUCACUUUGUAUGUUGACUUUAAAUCUUGACCCUAGUUGCGGGCCUGCUAGGGAGCAAACCAUUUGGGUCACCAGAUCAAAGAUACAGACGGUUUCUAAUGUGUAAACUUUACUCCAGAGCAGGGAAAUUCCCAGUUCCCUCCCUCCACUGUUUGCUGCCUGGGAGUGGCUGUUUGUAACAUGGCAAGUCCUGGAUGGCGCAAUGAACUGGGAUGUCCUAGGGAGAGGUUUGGCUCUUUCCUUUCUUCCCUGUUUUCCAGAGAACAAGCCUCUUCCAAAAAGAAGAAGUGGCUGUUUUAGAAAGCCUUUUCUGCCAAAGAUCUCCUUGAUUUUUAUAUCCUUUUGUAACUUGAGAUCUUUGCUUCUUCCUUUCUUUUCCAGUUGCGUUUUUUUUUCCCUUUUCACCUUUGUUUUCCAAUGACAAAAUAAAAUUCUUAAAGUGAAAG